UUUCGGCCGUUUAUUCAGUCCACGACCGUCUCUCUAUCGUGACAGACGAACGGACAGACAUGUUCAUUAUAUAAAACGAUAAACGAAUACAAUCUCCGUUCCGCGGAGUAGUGUAAAGUGUCCGUGAUUAAACUAUCGACUGUAAUCGUGCGAUUUUCUGUUUUGUGCGUUUGCUCGAGUGACUUUAACUCAUAUAAUGUGGCCACCAAGAUUGUUAAGGUGGACGUUCACCGUUCUACUCUUAGUUGCAGUCAUCGCCCCAUCGACAGAUUCUUCAAAUGUCCGCCGAAGACUCCGUAAGCCAAGCAAAGUGAGCACAUCAGUAUCGACCAGUGUAUCAAGAUCCUCCGACCAGGUUAUAUCCGCUAGUGUGAACAGGCCUAAGAUCCGUGGUCGUCCAAGCGUGGCCAGUCGGAAGUCGUCCGCUGCACUUGAUAAUUCCGUUGCUACAGAUGAACAUAGAGAUAAAGAUGGAUAUAAGGUGGUCUGCUACUACACGAACUGGUCACAAUACAGGACCAAAACCGGCAAGUUCAUGCCAGAAGACAUCCAGCCUGAUCUCUGCACCCACAUCAUCUUCGCAUUCGGAUGGAUGAAGAAGGGAAAACUCAGUUCCUUUGAGUCCAACGAUGAGACGAAAGAUGGCAAGACUGGGUUAUACGACAGGAUAAAUGCAUUGAAGAAAGCCAACCCUAAGUUGAAGACUUUGCUUGCUAUUGGUGGUUGGUCCUUUGGUACCCAGAAGUUCAAGGAAAUGUCAGCUACCCGGUACUCCAGACAGACCUUCAUCUACUCAGCUAUUCCUUACCUCCGUGACAGAAACUUCGACGGUCUGGACAUCGAUUGGGAGUACCCCAAGGGUGGAGAUGACAAGAAGAACUUUGUGAUGCUCUUGAAAGAACUUAGAGAAGCCUUCGAAGCAGAAGCCCAGGAAGUAAAGAAGCCUCGUCUGCUGCUGACAGCUGCUGUGCCCGUAGGACCAGAUAACAUCAAGAGUGGUUAUGAUGUGCCGGCUGUUGCUAGUUACCUGGACUUCAUCAACGUCAUGGCUUACGAUUUCCACGGCAAGUGGGAGAGGGAGACCGGUCACAAUGCUCCUCUGUACUCGCCAUCAUCUGACUCCGAGUGGAGAAAGCAACUGUCCGUGGACCACGCGUCUCACUUGUGGGUCAAACUGGGAGCUCCUAAGGAAAAACUGAUUAUUGGCAUGCCAACCUACGGGCGCAGUUUCACCCUGUCCAACGUAAACAACUUCAAAGUGAAUUCUCCGGCGAGCGGGGGCGGCAAGGCCGGCGAGUACACAAAGGAGGGCGGCUUCCUUGCGUACUAUGAGAUCUGUGAAAUCCUAAGAAACGGUGGUACUUACGUGUGGGAUGAUGAGAUGAAGGUGCCAUACGCCAUCCAUGGUGAUCAGUGGGUCGGUUUUGAUGAUGAAAAGUCUAUUAGGAACAAAAUGAGGUGGAUCAAGGACAACGGCUUCGGAGGUGCCAUGGUGUGGACAGUUGACAUGGAUGACUUCUCUGGUACCGUGUGUGGAGGCAACGUGAAGUAUCCUCUCAUUGGUGCUAUGAGGGAAGAACUCCGCGGCAUAUCUCGAGGCAAAGACGCCAAGGACAUAGACUGGUCGACCGUAGCAGCCAGCGCGGUUAUCGAAGUUACAGAAAAACCGGAACCCAUCAAAAUCAGUCUAUCCGAUGUGCUGAGUAAAGUCAAGAAACCCACUAAGACCAUUAUCGUGAAGAAUAAUAAUGCCGCUGUUGUUGAUAAGAACAAGCGCGAACCCCAGAUCCUCUGCUACCUAACCUCCUGGUCGUCCAAACGCCCAAGCGCCGGUAGGUUCACACCAGAAAACGUGGACCCCAACCUGUGCACCCACGUUAUAUACGCCUUCGCCACCCUAAAGGACCAUAAGCUGGCUGAAGCUGAUGAAAAGGACGCUGAUAUGUAUGACAAAGUUGUCGGUUUGAGAGAGAAGAACCCGAAUUUGAAGAUCUUACUCGCCAUCGGAGGCUGGGCGUUCGGAUCGACACCAUUCAAAGAGCUGACAUCUAACGUCUUCCGAAUGAAUCAAUUCGUAUAUGAAGCUAUCGAGUUCCUGAGGGAUUACCAGUUCAACGGUCUGGAUAUUGACUGGGAGUACCCGAGAGGUGCAGACGACCGUGCAGCAUUCGUGUCCCUCCUCAAGGAACUACGUCUCGCGUUCGAAGGCGAGGCCAAGACCUCUGGACAGCCUCGCCUCCUCCUCACAGCUGCUGUACCGGCUUCGUUUGAAGCUAUCGCCGCUGGUUAUGAUGUGCCCGAGAUUGCUAAAUACUUGGACUUCAUCAACGUGAUGACGUAUGACUUCCACGGCCAAUGGGAGAGGCAGGUCGGCCACAACAGCCCUCUCUUCCCGCUAGAGAGCGCCACUAGCUAUCAGAAGAAAUUGACUGUGGACUAUUCUGCCCGGGAAUGGGUGCGCCAAGGAGCCCCUAAAGAGAAGCUGAUGAUCGGUAUGCCAACAUAUGGAAGGUCUUUCACCCUCAUCAAUGAGACACAGUUUGACAUUGGAGCCGCUGCGUCUGGUGGUGGUCAAGCCGGUCGCUACACCAACGAAGCUGGUUUCAUGUCCUACUACGAGAUCUGCGAUUUCCUCAGAGAAGAUAACACUACUCUGGUCUGGGAUAAUGAGCAGAUGGUGCCCUUCGCGUAUAGAGAUGACCAGUGGGUUGGAUUCGAUGAUGAGAGAUCGCUAAAGACUAAGAUGGCAUGGCUCAAAGAAGAAGGCUUCGGUGGAAUCAUGGUCUGGUCCAUCGACAUGGAUGACUUCAGAGGUUCAUGUGGAACCGGGAAGUACCCUCUCAUCACUGCCAUGAAGCAGGAACUUGGAGACUACAAGGUCAGGCUGGAGUAUGAUGGACCAUAUGAGACGUCGAGCGGCAGUGGGCAGUACACUACUAAAGAUCCCAACGAAGUGACUUGCGAAGAAGAAGACGGCCACAUCUCUUACCACAAAGACAAAGCCGACUGCACCAUGUACUACAUGUGCGAGGGAGAGAGGAAGCACCACAUGCCGUGCCCCUCUAACCUCGUGUUCAAUCCCAAUGAGAACGUCUGUGAUUGGCCAGAAAAUGUAGAAGGCUGCCAACACCACACCCAAGCCCCUGCUGCUAAGCGAUAAGAGAAAUCCGAUACCUUCUAGAAUGUUUUCUGUUUUGUAGAAAGGACUAGAACAAGAAGAACUUUUCUAUUGUAUAUGGUGUACAUGACUUAUUGGUUUUAACGAGUCUCUUUACGUUAUAGAUUUAUACGUGACGAAGUUUGAUUACUUCUCAUCUAUAAUUUUGAAACAUUUACUAAUUAUUAAUUAGAAAGAGAAUGCUUGUUUCUUUGUGAUUUGUUUUCACAAAGAAAACAAGUUGUUUCUACAAAACAUUAAAGUACCAUACGUUAAUUUCCACCUUGUAGAAAUUAAAUUUACUUAAAAUAUAUUUAUUAACAAUGACGGAUUAAGAGAUGGUUCGUGUGAUAUAAAGUAAAUUUUUAACAUUUUUGUACUUAUUGUUAAUUAAGUAUUUGGUAAUCAUUGUUUACCGUUGAAUAAGUGUUAAGUAAAAGUUUUGGUGAAACAGAUUGACAGACUAACUAAAUAUCUCUUGGAUAUAAUAGAUGACUGAAUUAAAGUGAACUGUCUUGUUAGCCUUAACUAAAUUAGACAACUUUGACCGUUUGUUACCCCCUUAACAUGAUCUGUUUGCCAAAACUUUUAGUCAUCGGCGUGAUUAAUUUAUGUAUAUUAUCAUAUUUAUAUUUUAUGACUUAAUUCGAUUUAGGCUUGUAUAGUAUUUCCCAAAGGUACAUGGUUAGCUGUAAACCUCGACUUAAAUAUAACACGUGUCGUAAAAUUAAAGAAACAUAAAAAUUGCUCAAUCAGUGUAUAUUUUAAAUUGUAUCUUUUUAUGACACGUGUUAUAGAGAUUUUUUAAAUGAAAAUUACUAAAAUUGGUAAUUAAUAAAUGAAUUAGUUUGCUUCAUUAUAGAACUGUGUAUUUUUGGGACUGUAUAAAUAGGUUUAUCUGUAUAUUUAUCAUUAUAAAUGUUAUUAGCAAUGUUGUAAAUCAUAAUAUUAUUUGCAUUAUUAGUAACGUAAAUUCCAAUUAACUCCAGUCUUAAGCCAGAUUAUUUUAAAUAUUUUAUACAAAAACAAUAAAUUACAAAGACAUAAAAAUAUUGUAAUUAUAUAUACUUAGUAAUACUUUUAUAAUGAUAAAUAUAUAAGAAAAGAGCGGAAAUGCUGUUCAAAAUUAUACUUUGUAAUAAAAAGAUACCAGAUAGAGAUGUAAAAAGAGAAGAAUUACUAGAACUAGAACUAUCAAAAACUAUUAUGCAUACGUUUUAUAGUGUUGGGACACUACAGCAUUUUCGUUUUAUCGAUAUAAUUGUAAAUUAUCGUAUAAAUACUCGUAUCAGCUACAUCACUGCCUAACUGCCUUAGCUUGAAUACAGUGACCGUGACAUUUUUAGAUAAUUCUAUUAAGUAGGUGAAUAAAUUUCUAAGUUUUGUAAAUAUCGUAUUUAGAUACAAAUGAGUAAGAGUAUUAAAAAAAUAUUAAAAUUA